ACUUCUAUAGGAACGAGCUCGAUCAAAUGGAGGACGAACAGGUCAAGUGGAUGCCAUAUGAACAAGUUUUAGAGUCACUACCAGAUAUAUGCACAGAAGAGCCGGAUGUGUGGCGUGCUCGCGUCCCGAUCAUAUGUUUUGAGAUUGUCGAGAUGCACGUGCCCGACCGUGUGCUACGACAAUUUGGGCUACGACAACAUAUCCCGGUCCCUGUGGAGGUAAUAGAGAGAAAUCCCAGAAAAGGUGCACAUCGUCAAGAUUGGGAACAUAUUCACAGUGCUUACAUCGGGAGGUGGGAUAACAGGGAAGAACAGUUGGUGAUGGAGAGGGUUGACGCACCUGACCUAGGUGUGUAUUUGCGGUGGUAUUGGGGGAUUACUCGCCGGUGGAUAUUUCAGGAGAACAAAGCUCCUAAGGAAUACAUACCAAGAGGCCUAGCUGAGAGAGAGUUGGUACAAGAGCUCGAAGAACUUUCUACUAUGGCGCAUGAUGCAAUCCGAACAACUACCGAGCCAGGGCCGAGGAACACGUUCCUUCGCAUGAUCAAAAAGAUUCGGUCCGCUCUUCAAAGGACGCGUAAUGCAAGACGAGAUGAACGUGAGGAGCUUGGGGUUUGUAUAGGUACAAGAGCUCGAAGAACUUUCUACUAUGGCGCAUGA